AUGAGCCCAAUCAAUGAUCAAGACCUUGCCUUCUCCUCUAUGAGGGUUGGACUACCCAAACGGCUGAUGUCCUCGGAGGACUACUUCGAAUGGGCGACCUCGAUGCAAAAUGUCCUUUCGUGCAAAAACGCGAACUUAUGGUUCAUCAUCGAGGGACGACUCGUCAAACCCGAGGAACAUCUGGGUGAGGGAGACCUUAAGGAAGUGAAGCUCGGCAACAAAUUCCCUACUAAGGAUAUCGCCGAGUACUAUCGAGCUGACGUGGAAGCACGCAGCAUACUCCUCAAACUCCCUGGGACCCGCAGCCAGCAAGCCCUGGUCGAUACGUCAACUACUGCUCGAAAAGUCUGGGAGAAACUUCGCGAGAACUACGCGCAGAACGUUGCUCAGCAGAUUGCUUCACUCGAAGCGCAGUUGGCGAACCUCUACCAAGGAGAUGACAAGAUCAACGUCUACUCCUACAAGUUGGAGACUAUCUGCAGGAAACUUGACCACGUGGAUGCUCCGGUUAGCGGACUUCGCAAACUGAGAACCUUUCUGCGUGGCCUCGGUCCCCAGCACGAUGUCUGGCGAAAGAUCUUCUACUUCAACACUCGUCUCUUCUUCCAGAAGGAAGGAGAUUCCGACGAAACAGCCAACAAGAAGGCCCUGGAAGACUACGAAAUUGCCGUCAGCACGAUUAUGGCUGAAGAAGCCGAGCAAAAGUCUUUCCGGCGCCAAUACCCAGCUCGGGCCAUGCAAGCCCAGUCGCAGCCUGUCAAAAAGGGCAAAGACAAAUUCUGCACUAACUGCAAGAGGGAUAACCAUAACCUCGAAGACUGCUUCAUGGAAGGAGGUCCCAAACACAAGGAUCGCACCGAGAAGCAAAAGCAGAAGAAAACCAAGAAAGUGACGGGAAACCUGGCACAAGUCGACUCCGACGAGAUGAAUCUGUGUCUCCACGUGUCCACACCCGAUGACAACGUCGCUCCCCAAAAUGAAACCUGGAUCAUUGACUCUGGCGCAAGCCGACACAUGACCGGCGACAAGACCCUCUUCUCGACGUACGGACCAUCUCCUGUCCAGGAGGUAUUCGUCGCUGACAACAGAGGAGUUCCGGUUGCUGGCAUGGGCAACGUCAGACUGGUGAUGAGUAACUCGAAGGGAUCGCGGAAGUCGAUUACACUUCAAGAUGUCCUCCACGUUCCAGGACUUGGGAACAAUCUCUUCUCUACACCACAGGUGCAACGCCUCGGUGGAAGCAUCAACUUCACCAAGAAAACGGUCGAAAUCUUCGACAAAAAGGGUCGACUGGCCCUGAGGGGCAAACGCCGUGGAGAUGUGAACUACCUGCUAGUGGAAGGAACUACCACCGCAGUAGCCAAACUCGUUACUAGCGAGAAAGCCUUGGACCAAGCCAAACUCUGGCACCAACGGCUAGGCCACCUCCACAUGCAGGCCACGCUCAAGACAGCAUCGCUUACCGACGGCAUGAACCUAAAGGCUAUGUCGGGCCCCUCUGUCGGGAACAACUGCGAAACCUGCAUCAAGUCGAAGCAUAGGCACGCACCGAUCAAGAGCCGUGGACCCAAGACAACUCGACCACUCGAGCUAGUUCACAUGGAUCUUGCGGGGCCUCUGCCGGAAGGCUUAUCCAAAGAGAAAUAUUACCUACUCAUGGUGGACGAUUGCACGAGAUACUGCUUCGGGGCGGCACUGAUCUAUAAGUCAUCAGCCUUCCAAGCAUUCCGAACCAUCGAUCGAUGGACCCAAACGCAACUGGGAAAGCGUAUCUGCCGAGUCCGAACGGACAAUGGUGGUGAAUUCUUGAGCAGAGAGUUCUCGAACUACCUCAAUCACCGAGGUAUAGGACGAGAGGUCACUCCAAGAUUCACACCACAAUCCAACGGUCUCGUGGAGCGCACUAACCAGAUUGUCAAGGAUUAUAUUCGGUGCAUGCUAGAAGAAGCAAACUUGACUACCCAGUACUGGCCAUUCGCCUUCAGUCACGGGCUGAAGCUUCGAAACAUGUCGGCCACCAGCACGGAUUCUUCCAAGACACCUCAUGAAGGAAUGCAUGGCAAACGCCAGGAUCUUCAAGGCCUCCGGGUCUUUGGGUGUAAAGCAUGGGCACGCGUACCUGACGAACUCCGCAAAUCCCUGGAUCCCAAGUCUGUUGAAUGCAUACACCUGGGACAUGUUAGCAAUAACCACCCUUACAUAUACAGACUCAUGGACGUAGAAACCGGCCAGAUCUUCACAAGUCGGCACGUCAUCUUCCGGGAGAACGAGCGGAUUCGGCGAAAAUCUGAAGCCCCCUUCGAGGAACUUUCAGAUGAUGAAACUGGAACCACGGGAAACAAUCUCCCGAGGCCAGGAUUACCGGCCCCGGUCCGCUCAUCGCUGAACAUCCCAAGGACUUCCCCAUCGUCCGAAGAACCCAGUCAACCAGUGGGAGCCACCAACUACCCUCAUCUCGCCUCAAUAGAGGAAGCGCAAUUAGCAGAUACUACCGAGAGCGGUGAUUCACUGGAGAGUCCAACUCAACAACUUGUUCCUUCAGCAGAAUCCACAGAUGACGAAUUCCAUGAACCGAUCAACCUUAUUCCCUCAAGAAGGCGACCUCAAGACAUCCGAGGCCGGGACUCCCCAUCGCGGCAUCAAGAAAUAGAUGACGAGUCCGAUGACUCUCUCGCUCUUCUCCCGACUCCUCACCAAACAGUGGGAGGAGAUACAACAACAGUGGGAGAUACAAGAACAGUGGGAGACAAAAACAACGCAAACGAGAGCACGGGUGACGAGUCACGUUACAACCUUAGGGCAAGGCCCCACAGACUUGGCGAUUACGCCCGGCACGUGACAACAAAUCUUUCAAAGCCACCGGCCACCCUGAAACAAGCUCGCAUGCGCGCCGACUGGCCCCUAUGGGAAGGUGCCAUCCAGGCAGAACUCAAAAGUCAUGAAUCCAACAAGACUUGGACCCUCGUAGACCACCCACAAAACAAAGCCACCAAUGUGGUCAGCUGCAAAUGGGUAUUCGCCAUCAAGAAAAAGGCCGAUGGAUCUCUCGACAAAUACAAGGCACGACUCGUCGCACGAGGCUUCACACAGCGAUACGGAUACGACUACGACGAAACCUUCUCUCCAGUAGUAAAGGCCACCACGUUACGCAUCCUCAUCGGCCUCGCCGCGGCAUUCGACUGGAAGAUUGUUCAUUGGGACGCAGUCACUGCUUUCUUAAACGAAGACGCCUAUCGGCAGAAGUAUACAUGA